AUGGUCAAUGACCGAUUGGUAUCCAUCAUCACAUUACAGGCUAUUACGUCACUUGUCUCCUUUCUACACGGACCCAUAAGCAUUGUCCUAUGUGGACAUCUUGGUAAACGCACACUUGCUACGGUUGGCUUGGCAAUUUCCUUUAUCAACAUCACUGGGAUGGGUGUUGUAACUGGAUUGCUGACAGCUGCUGACACGCUGUUUUCUCAGACGUUUGGAGGUCAAACAAAAUAUAUGAUGGGAAUUCAGCUGCAGCGAGGUAAGAUUCAGUACACAAAUGUAGGAUUUCGUGACGCAAAGGAUGAUAUUUAUUCAGAAUAA